AUGACUUGCCGUAAUGCUUCACACGCUGGUAGCUGGUACACUGAGAAUGGCAAUGAGCUCUCCCGGCAACUGGACCUUUGGCUCUCCAAGGCGGACCUCACACACGGCCCGGCGAGGGCUAUCAUAGCGCCGCAUGCUGGGUAUUCGUAUUGCGGUGCAUGCGCAGCGUACGCCUACAGACAAGUUAGCCCUGUUGUAGUCAAACGGAUCUUCAUUUUAGGCCCCUCCCACCACGUAAGGCUCGGUGGUUGCGCCCUUUCUUCCCUCGACAAGUACCAGACACCGCUCUAUGAUCUCACCAUAGACAAGCAGAUAUACGCGGAGCUAGAAGCAACACGUCAGUUUGAAUGGAUGGACGUGCAGACCGACGAAGAUGAGCACUCAAUCGAGAUGCACCUCCCUUACAUUGCUAAAGUGAUGGAAGAGUACAAAACCGGUUUUACGAUCAUACCAAUUUUGGUUGGAUCGUUAACACCAGAAAAAGAAGCGAAAUACGGUGCAAUCCUGGCCCCGUAUUUGGCGGACCCACAGAAUUUGCUGGUGAUUUCCUCCGACUUCUGUCAUUGGGGUUCACGCUUCCGGUACACGUGGCGCGACUCCUCGCGGGGACACAUCUAUCAAAGCAUCGAGUGGUUGGAUAAACAGGGUAUGGACAUCAUAGAGAAGAUGGACCCACGCGCGUUCACCGACUACCUCAACAAAUAUGGUAACACCAUAUGCGGCCGACAUCCCAUCGGAGUACUAUUGCAGGCGAUAGCUAAACUGCGGAGCCAGCCAAACGCUCCAAAAAUGUCCCUUCAGUUCCUCAAGUACGCACAAUCGUCGCAAUGCAUGAAUCACCAGGACUCCUCAGUGUCCUACGCAAGUGCCUCCCUUGUUUUCGAAUAA